CGCGACUAGCAUAGCCCUGAUGAUGUUCCGCUGGCAAUCAAAGCAGAGACCUCAUUGUCUCAAUCGCAUCAGUCGCUUCGACUUCACUACCUCCCGCUCCUUCAUUGCUUCGAUGUGCCACAGCUGCACAUGCAAGAUCGGCCCUUCGCUGCUGGCGUCGGACCUCUCGUGCCUCAAGGACGAGUCUCUUAAGGUAGUAGCAGCCGGAGCGGACUACCUGCACCUGGAUGUGAUGGACGGCCACUUCGUCCCCAACAUCUCUUGGGGCCCGCCCGUCAUCAAGUCGCUGCGCCCUCAUACCAAGGCCUUCUUCGACUGCCACAUGAUGGUGUCUAAGCCCGAGCAGUGGGUGCCUGACAUCGCUGCCGCUGGAGGUGACCAGUUCACCUUCCACCUGGAGGCGACGCAGGACCCGCUGGCCCUCAUCAAGCAGAUCCGCGACGCCGGCAUGAAGGUGGGGCUAGCCAUCAAGCCGGGCACCAGUGCCGAGGCCGCCUUCCCGUUCGUCGAGCUAGUAGACAUGGUGCUGGUUAUGACCGUGGAGCCAGGCUUCGGCGGUCAGAGCUUCAUGACCGACAUGAUGCCCAAGGUAGAGGCUAUCCGUGCCAAGUACCCGACGUUGGACAUCGAGGUGGAUGGCGGUCUAGGCCCCUCAACUAUUGAUGCGGCAGCCAAAGCUGGUGCCAACAUGAUUGUCGCUGGGAGCUCCGUGUUUAAGGCAGCAGACCCGAUGGCUGUGAUUUUGCAGAUGCGACACAGUGUAGAGAAGUAUGGUAACGGCAAGAGCGACGACCAGUUGACCAAGCUGUAAGAAGUCGCAAUGGAUGCAACUACGCUUUUGAUUUGAGUCGGAUAACACAAACGAAUCAAUCCAAAAUGCUAUUAGAUGCAAAAAAAAGUGUAUACUAAAGAAGAUGCCAGACAACUC